AAAUUCAUCUUCCCUAACCCUACACUCCUCUCUCUCUCUCUCUCUCUCUCUCUCUCUCUCUCUCUCUCUCACUUCACUGCCUCACCUCAUCUUCUUAUCUCUUCUUCCUUCUUCUCUUUUUAGCCCAAGGUUUUGUUCUGUUGUGUAACAAACCAUUCACCAUUAUUGAGAAUUCGAAAGCCCUAAUCAUGAUAUUUUGGUACGUUCCAUAACAUAUUCCGCAAACGGGAAGAAUUUUUUGCUGGGUCAAUGAUUUUGUGAUGUAAAACUUGAUAUCCAAGUCAGCUUACGCUAACUUCCGGUUUCUGUCAUACUUGAGCUGUGCUCGUGGUGGCUAUUGGAGUUUGUUCACAAACUGAUGAAAUAGACAACGUUCUUUAGUUGAAGAUGGCGAAAAAUGGAGCUGGAGAACGCGAAGUGUUACUCGUGUUCAUGUUCUUGUUACUCUGCUCAUGCUGCACUGGGGAUGAAUAUGACCUCCUGUUAUCGAUCAAAAACUCGAUGAACGAUCCGUUAAAUCAGUCUCUCUCCAGCUGGAACCUUUCUCUCUCUUAUUGCAAAUGGAAAGGCAUCGCUUGCGACAACUCCUCUCACGUCGCGAAAAUUGAGCUCUCGGGAAACAACUUGUCUGGGAAAAUCCCGGAAUCUUUUUUCCAUUUCCCCUAUAUCGAAACUAUCGAUCUUUCCAAUAAUCAGCUAUCCGGUGGAAUCCCAAGCAAUAUUUCUUCUUGUCUAUCGCUGCGUCAUCUCAAUCUCAGCAACAAUAAUUUCACCGGACCGCUGCCAAGAGGCUCGAUUCCGCAGCUUCAAGCGUUGGAUCUCUCCAACAACAUGCUCUCGGGUCAAAUUCCAGACGAAAUCGGAUUCUUUUCGGGUCUUGAAUUUCUUGAUCUCGGAGGGAACGAUUUGGUUGGGAAAAUUCCAAAGUCCAUAUCAAACAUGACAGGUUUGCAAAUCUUGACUUUGUCUUCAAAUCAAUUAAUUAGAGAAAUUCCCCAAGAGUUGGGCCUUUUGAAGAGCUUGACAUGGAUUUACCUGGGGUACAACAAUCUCUCAGGUGGAAUUCCGGCGGAAAUCGGAGAACUAACUUCAUUGAAUCACCUUGAUCUUGUUUCCAACAAUCUCACCGGUGAGAUUCCGUCCUCGUUCGGGAAUCUCACCAGUCUUCGGUAUCUUUUCCUUUACUUGAACAAGCUCACUGGUCCUGUGCCACGGUCCAUUUUCGGUCUCCAAAAUUUAGUCUCCCUUGAUUUGAGCGACAAUUUUCUGUCCGGCGAAAUCCCGGAACUCAUAAUCCAAUUGCAAAACUUGGAAGUUCUCCAUCUCUUUUCGAACAAUUUCACCGGGAAAAUCCCGAAUUCCGUAGCUUCCUUGCCCCGUCUCCAAGUCCUUCAGUUAUGGUCCAACGAGUUUUCGGGCGAAAUACCGAAAAAUCUUGGACGUGACAACAACCUCACUGUCUUGGACCUUUCCACGAAUACCCUCGUCGGUAAAAUCCCCGACACGCUUUGUAAUUCCGGCUGCCUUUAUAAGCUCAUACUCUUUUCCAAUUCCCUCACCGGCGAAAUUCCGAAUAGCUUGAGUCGCUGUAGCAGCUUAAGGCGGAUACGGCUUCAGAACAACAGGCUCUCUGGCGAGUUACCGCAUGGAUUUACAAAACUUUCCCUUGUUUACUUUCUUGAUUUGUCAAACAACCAUCUUUCUGGCACGAUCGGCGGAACACGGGGAUGGGAAAUGCCAGAGCUCCAAAUGCUGAAUUUUGCAAGGAACGGAUUCUCCGGCGCUUUGCCGGCAUCUUUCGGGAGCGGAGUGAUAGAGAACUUGGACUUGUCGACGAAUGGUUUAAGCGGUGAAAUUCCGGCCAGUUUCGGGAAUUUUUCGGAGCUAAUGGAGUUGAAGCUAAGCGAGAACAAACUUUCAGGUGAAAUCCCAGACGGGUUAUCUUUAUGUGAAAAGCUGGUGAGUUUGAAUCUGAGUCACAAUCAACUCAGUGGCCGAAUUCCCACGAGUCUCACUCAAAUGCCGGUUCUAGGCCAGCUCGAUUUAUCGGUUAACCAAUUUAGCGGCGAAAUCCCGAAAAGCUUAGGAGAAGUGGAAUCUCUCAUUCAGGUAAAUAUCUCGCACAAUCAUUUCCACGGGAAUUUACCGUCCACCGGAGCAUUUCUGGCGAUAAAUUCGAGCGCAGUUGCCGGGAACCGCCUCUGCGGGGGUGACUCAACCGCAGGUUUGCCGCCAUGCAAGGGGGAUAAACUGCAAGUCUGGUUGUUAAUCGUGACGUGUCUUCUCGUCGCAUUAGCAGCUCUCGUGGUUUCAUCGUUAAUCCUUGUUUUCGUGAGAAGACGGAACGAUAAUUUCGAGACGAGAGGGAACAAUGAGGUGGAUGGGGUAUGGGAAUUGGAAUUCUUCGAUUCCAAGGCCUCUAAGGAAAUAAAGAUAAUCGACGUUGUGGAGUCGAUGAGGGACGAAAACGUAAUUUCAAGGGGGAUAGCAAGAGGAGGUGUUUUGUACAAAGGCAAGUCGGGUGUGAGUGAGUUUGAGUUUGUAAUGAAGGAAGUGAGUGGAAUCGACUCACUUCCGACCGGGUUUUGGACCGAGUUGGGGAAGUUAAAGCAUCCGAAUAUCGAAAAGGUUAUCGGAGUGAUGAGGUCGAAAAAUUGUGGGUUUUGGGUGUCCGAGUUUGUUGAAGGGCAGAGUGUGAGUGAGGUUUUUAGGGGUAUGAGUUGGGAUAGACGGCGAAAGGUCGCGCUUGGAAUCGCGAAAGCUCUUUGUUACUUGCACUGUAAGAGUAUGGGGAGUUCGGUGGGAUGUGAGCUUUCGCCGGAGAAGAUUAUUGUCGACGGAAAAGAUGAGCCUCGCCUGAGAUUGAGAUCUCCGGGGAGGACAUGUACGGAUGCUAAGACCUUCGUUUCUUCUCCCUAUGUUGCUCCAGAAACUAGAGAAGCCAAAGACACCACCGAGAAGAGCGAUAUCUACGUAUUCGGCCUCAUCUUGAUCGAGUUACUGACCGGAAAAACUCCGGCUGACACCGAAUUCGGCUUGCAAGAGAGCAUCGUUGAGUGGGCCCGAUAUUGCUACUCGGAUUGCCAUCUCGACACCUGGGUGGAUCCGACCGUCAAGGGAACCACGUUGUCGAACCAUCAAAACGAGAUCGUUGAGACCAUGAGUCUAGCUCUCCACUGCACCGCCGAUGAUCCGAUGGCCAGACCUUGCGCUAGCGACCUGGUGAAAACCCUAGAGUCCGUUAUCAGACCGACUUACUGCGUUUUCGGCCUCAACUGUUCUUCUACCAUCUAGUUUUGUGUUUGAGUUCUUUUUUAUCUUAGAUCACAUAAUUUUUGUUCAGCCGUAUCUUCUUUUUGGUUUUUUUUUUUUUGUUUAAAUAUAAGGUAUUUAUUGAGUGUUGCUCAAAUAUUUUGUUCACUGUUAUGAUGGACAUGACACUAGUGAGUGUAGAAGUGUAGAUAGAAUGGAAAAUAUUGCCAUGGAAUAUAGUUGCUUGAUAUUUAAAUUAAAA